AUGGAAGCUCUUAGUAACUCGAAAACUGACAAAAAUAUUCAAGGAAAAGAAAACUUCAAUCCAAAUAACAAUUCUAUUAAAAAGGAAAUAAAUGGUAAAUGUGAUACAAUGAUUGGAAUGAAUAAAUUUUUUGUUUCAAUGAAUUCAAAAGUGUAUCGGUUGGAAAGAUAUUUGGGAAAAGGUGGCUAUGGUGAAGUUUACGAAUGCAUGUGUGAAGCUACUAAAAAAAUUUAUGCAUUGAAAAGAGAAAAUAUAUUACAAACAAAAAUUCCCAAUGAGAUUGAAGUAUUAAAGAGAGCAUGUGAAUGUGAUUGUAAACAAAUUUGCAAAUAUAUUGAUGAUGGAAGACAAGAUGAUUAUUUAUUUGUGGUAAUGACAUUACUCGGUAAAGAUUUAUCAAAAUUACGACAUGAAAGAAAAACGAAGCAUUUUUCCACAAAUACUUCAAUACGUGUCGGAUUGUUAACGCUUUCAGCAAUUCGUGAACUUCAUGAAAUUUCUGUUAUUUCAAGAGAUAUUAAGCCAAGUAAUUUUGCAUUGGGUAUUAACAAAGAAUGCAGGAAUAUUUAUAUUUUUGAUUUUGGACUCUCUCGUUUCUAUCGAAAUCAGGAUGGAUCAAUGUUACCAGUAAAACAUCAUUCGAUUUUUCGUGGUACAACACGAUAUGCUUCACUACGAGCACAUAAAAAACUUGAACUUGGCCGACGAGAUGAUUUGGAAUCAUGGCUAUACGUUAUGGUUGAAUUAUCUACUGGUGCUUUACCGUGGAGGACAUCGAAGAAGAUGAAAAAGAAGAAAAAUCAGUUGAAAGAAGAGGUAUAUCGAGCUAAAUUACGGAUUCGAUUGGACGAUGAGCGGAAAAAGUUCUUCCGAAACUCACUUCCCAUUCUUGAUUACGUAUUCAUGAUGAUUGAUGGACUUAGCUUUGAAGCUAAUCCACCGUAUGAACAAAUCCAGUACAUGUUUGAAAAAUUAAUGCUUGAAGCGAAUGUAAAAUGGGACGACAUCUACGAUUGGGAAGAGACUAGGACAAUUCUAUCCAAACAAACGAUGUCCGUAGACGGAAUUACAUCAACAUCAGCUGCUAUGGCCACUUAUUCCAGGUGUCGACCGGUAUUAUUUCAGGUCGCAACGACAACACCAACGGCAUCCACAGAAUCAUCGUCUUUGUUGCCGAAAUUUCAUAUCGAAUAA